UCGAGCUCCCCGCCCCUAGAUUCCCAGCGCCUCCUCCCCAUUCCUCUCUCUCUCUAGCCUCUUCUUGUGGUGUUUGUGCGGCGCACGCAUGCCGCGCACACGGCCCCAACAGUGAGAGGGGGGGCUGGGCAGGGGAGGGACGCCGCCUGCGACUGCAAAGCUGUCAUCUUCUGCCCCCGGGCCUCGCCUCGCCCCUAAUAACAGUGGAGAUUCCCGCCUCCCCGCCCCCAAUUAUGGAUACCCGCGCGGGGAGGAGAAGAAGAUAGGAGGGGAGGACGAGGCGCGAGGCCGCGGCCAUUGCUCCGGCUCCAGGGCCAUAGCUUCUCCUGUCCAUCACAUCUGUCAACUGUUCGGCACAAUGAGGCCUUCAGAUGACAGGAUGCAGCUCUCAGGUUUGACGCAGUCGGAAGAGUCGUCGCUUGACGUGGAGGGGCAUUGCUCUCACCACGAGGCAUUUCCUUGUUCUCCAUCGAUGCAACCGGUUGCUUCUGGGUGCGUGCACACAGAAAAUAGCGCGGCAUACUUCUUAUGGCCGACUUCAAACCUGCAGCAUUGUGCGGCGGAGGGACGGGCAAACUACUUUGGGAACCUCCAGAAAGGAUUGCUGCCGAUACUCCCUGGAAAGUUGCCCAAGGGUCAGCAAGCAAAUAGCUUGCUCGACUUGAUGACCAUAAGAGCUUUCCACAGCAAGAUAUUGAAGCGUUUCAGUCUCGGGACCGCAGUGGGCUUCCGCAUAACAAAAGGGGUUCUCACAGAAACCCCCGCCAUUCUUGUCUUCGUUGCUCGAAAGGUUCACAAGAAAUGGCUUAAUCCGAACCAAUGCCUUCCUGCGAUUCUUGCGGGUCCAGGAGGUGUUUGGUGUGAUGUCGAUGUCGUAGAAUUUUCAUACUAUGGUGCACCGGCUCAAACACCUAAAGAACAGAUGUUUAGUGAGCUUGUUAAUAAGCUGUGUGGCAGUGACGAAUAUAUUGGUUCAGGCUCUCAGGUUGCAAGCCAGGAUACGUUUGGAACUUUGGGUGCAAUUGUGAAACGACGCACCAACAACAAGCAAGUUGGUUUCCUCACGAACCGGCAUGUUGCAGUUGAUUUGGACUAUCCUAACCAGAAGAUGUUUCACCCGUUGCCGCCGAAUCUUGGGCCUGGUGUUUAUCUUGGGGCUGUCGAGAGGGCAACAUCUUUCAUCACAGAUGAUGUUUGGUAUGGAAUUUAUGCUGGAACAAACCCAGAGACAUUUGUACGAGCUGACGGUGCAUUCAUCCCAUUUGCUGAUGACUUUGACAUUUCCACAGUCACAACUAUAGUUAGGGAAGUCGGUGAGAUUGGGGAUGUUAAGAUUAUAGAUCUGCAGUGUCCUAUCAAGAGCCUCAUCGGGAGGCAAGUUUGCAAAGUCGGCAGAAGCUCUGGUCACACAACUGGGACUGUGAUGGCAUAUGCCCUUGAGUACAAUGAUGAGAAAGGAAUAUGCUUCUUCACUGACCUCCUCGUCGUUGGUGAGAACCGCCAAACAUUUGAUUUGGAGGGUGACAGCGGAAGCCUUAUUAUCCUGACCAGCCAGGAUGGGGAGAAGCCACGUCCUAUUGGGAUAAUAUGGGGUGGCACAGCAAACCGUGGGAGGAUAAAGCUCACAAGUGAGUAUGGCCCUGAAAACUGGACCACAGGGGUUGAUCUUGGCCGCCUUCUUGAUCGUCUAGAACUUGAUCUUAUAAUAAACGACGAAUCGCUCAAAGAUGCUGUGCAGGAGCAAAGAAAAGCCUUUGUGACUGCAAUUAACUCUGCUAUUGGGGAGUCCUCUGCGGUGACUGUUACUGCCCCAGAAGCCACCCCGGCAGAGAAGGUUGAAGAGAUCUUUGAGCCUCUUGGGAUCCAAAUUCAGCAGCUGCCUCGUCAUGACCUGGCAAGCGCCACAACCGAAGGGGAGGGCGCAGCCAACACACCCUCCGACAUGGAAGAGCGUCAGUUCAUCUCGAACUUCGUUGGCAUGUCUCCCGUGCGCCGUGACCAUGAUGCUCGGAGGAGCAUCGCCAACCUGAACAACCCGUCAGAGGAAGAGCUCGCCAUGUCGCUGCACCUAGGCGACCGGGAGCCCAAGCGGCUCCGUCUAGACCCGGAGUCCAGCCUGGACCUUGAAAAACAGCCUCAUCCGGACCCGGAACCGAGCCUGGACCUGGAGGAGCGACCUCGUCCAGACCCAGAAAUGAUGAGCCUAGACCUGGAGAAGCAGCCUCGUUCGGACCCGGAACCGGGCCUGGACCUGGAGAAGCAGCCUCGCUCGGACCCGGAACCGGGCCUGGACCUGGAGAAGCGCCUUCCAGCCGACCCGGAGCCGAGCAUAGACCUGGAGAAAUGAAGCGCUGAUCCGAAUGACAUUUCUGGGAUGAGCUUGCCCUGUGGACGAUCAAAGCGAGUAGAUGGAAGAACCCCUGCGGUUCAGCAAACUGAACCUGCAAUGUUAGUUUAUGUUAACUGCUACUAUUGGCUUCGCAGGAAGCAUAUCGUAUCAUGUCAUGUACUACUAUGGCACUUGAUUCAGCCCUUGUAGGAUGUUGUUGGGUGGUAUAGCCCUGCAGUUUUGCUGUGCUCAUAAGAUUUGAUAUACAGAAUGCUGAAUCUGAAUCUCUUUUCUUGGAGAAGACAAUGUGCUGGGACA